UGAACAAGUUCUAAAAUUAAAAUCUUGUUAGAUUUUCUUUUCCUUGUGUGAUAAAAUAUUGGAUUUGACGUUUUUCAAUUUACUCUUGGAUUUGAAUAUGAAGAAUAUUAUUCUGAUAAUACUUUCAGUUUUUCUUAUUUCUGUUAGAGGAAAUACUUUACGAAAGUGUAGAAAAGAAACUGGCGUUUCUUCUGAGUCUUUAAAAAAAUUAAGAGCUGGCGACUUUAAUGUUGAGGAUCGAAACUUAAAGUGUUAUUUACGUUGUGUUUUAAUUAAACAUCGCGUUCUUAACGAAAAAAAUGUCAUAAAUCUCGGUAAAGUUUUGAAAUUUUUCCCUCAAAACUCUCAGGCUCGAGUGCGAAGUAAUUUUGAUAAAUGCAAAGUCAUUACUGGCAAAGAUAAAUGUGAUAAAAUCUUUCAAGUUGCGAAGUGCUUCUUUAAAUUAGAACCAGAAAUCCUGAAAACAGUAUCUUCUAUGUUGGCCUAAUUUAAAUAAUGCAAAAAAAGUCAAAAGACAAAAGUAAAUAAAAUAAUU